AUGGUGCUUGAAAAUUUCAAAUGGAGUUGGAUUAGUGUUGGUGUUACUGUUGGUGUUGGUGUUGGUGUUUGUGAUGGUGAUGGUGUUGGUGUUGGUAUUGGUGUUGGUAUUGGUGUUGGUGUUAGUGAUGGUGUUAGUGCUGGUGUUGGUGUUGGUGUGGCAAUGAUUAUACAAACUUCACCAAGUGCAUGUAAAAAAUAUUAUAAAUUAUAUUAA